UAGGGAAUAAAUACUUAGGUAGAGAAUAAAUACAAAAAUAAAAUGCAUUUAGGAUUUAUUCUAAAGCUUAACUCUAACUUAAAAUUUAAUCCUUUGAUUCAGUGGGGAAUUAUAAACUGAACCUACAGCUCUAUCAAAAUAAAUAUCACACAUCCUCUGCAAACGUUCACGAAGAUUUCCUCAAUAGCAACAUUCAGAGACAGACUUUUCGACACCCUUUCUCUCUACUCUCCUAUCCUUAUCACUCUCACAACUACAUUUCGCAAUUACGUCCACCCUUACACAAAAGUACCUUCCAGUACCAUUGUCAAGGCCCCGUAAAAAAAAUGCAUACAUUCCCCCCCUUCCAACCCUCCUCGAAGCUUCCCAGUCUCGAGGUUCCCCAAUUAACCUAAAAUCCGUGCAUCGUCGCGCGGGCAAGAACGAAUUGCCAAGCGUACGAGCCGUUUCCUCCCGCGAAAACGAUCGCGACAAGAGCUGCCAAACUCGCCUCACGUCUCGGCGGAAUAGAAAUAUCGAAACGCGCGGCGCGUAGCCGCGGACGUUAGACGAUAUCGGGUCAUUAGGGCGAGCCGAUGACAACGAUCGUCAAUCGUUGCCUGGUCGAUAAUCGUUCGCGCGAACGGUUCGCCGAUUGGGAAACCCGGGCCAGCAGCGGCGUUAAUUAGCGGUCGUGUGAUCGAUGGCGACGCGUACGAUGCAUUAAGGACAGGGAUUCGCGUCCAGGGACAUUCGGGCUAACUUUAGCCUUAGCCUGGUGGCCGCGGAGCAACGGGGCCGAGUCGAAGUCUGCGUUACGUCGACAUAACGAGCCGAACGGCCACCAGUUUGCCCCGGUGUUCGAACGGUUUUGCCCGCGUAAAAUAAAACAGUCAUCCGGCAUCCUCACCGGCGCAUGGACAAGCCGAUAAUCAUCGAUCGGAGGAUAUAUCUCGGCCGCGAGGAGAACAUCCGCCCUAACGAAUUUAUGUUUCUAACCGAGACCUGAAACAGUGGCGAGGCGUACGUGUCGCUUAACCGUGGAGAAGUGGACGUCGCGUGGGUGGUGGGUGUGCCCACCGUAGGAUCGCGUUAACCGUCUCUCGCCCGCGCUAGCUCCUUUCCGUGACGUCAGCCCGUUAGAGGAUCACCCCCGUGUGACGCGAGAGACUGCUCGAGGUCGCUUCAUGGACCGUCCCCGCGCUCCGAUCGGGUUCCCGUCUCUCCUCGACGUCGAGGAGCCCGCAUUGGUCCCUGUCGCUCCUCCGCAACGAAUCCUCCUCGUCCUUCGAAUCCGUCAGGAAGAUCGAUGAACCCGGGACGACGACCCGGACGAACGCCGCGUGGACGUGUGGCCAGUGAUCCGUGCCGAUUUCCAUCCUCGAUGACAGUUUGAUAGGUCGACGAAUCGUAAUUAUGGGUCUGAUGCUGUCGGUGCUGAUAGGGUGCGCGGGUAUGCUGGAGCUGCUCGCGUGGCUCCGACGCGUCACCGACAGCGUGGUGAUCACCAUCGACCAACCCGCCACCCCGUGCCUCUCGUAUCACGAGACGAACGAUAACGCGAGCACCCACGACUCCAUCUGCAGCUACAGCCACUCGAGCGACGCCAAGCUGCCCCGCGGCGUCCGUCACAAGCUGGAGAACCUGCACGAGUACAGCCUGAGAAUCCGAGCCCAGCUGCGCUCGAAAGACAAGAACUUCGAUUACGGGUCCGAGUGCAGCUUCCCGGGAGACUACCUUCUGGGAUCGAGACUCACGCCCGACUCGAGAUUUAGCCCCGAUUUCGAGUACCUCGUCAGAGAAAGCGAGAACGAGCAAGCCGACUCGAGGAGGCUGGAACUGGAGAACGACUACGAGAAACUCGAGUACGAAAAAUUCGAGAGGGAGACGUCCUACGAGGACGCCGAGACCCAACGAGUCGAGAACAGCUCGAGAGAUCGACCCCUGUCCGUGACGAACCCCGAGCCGGAUAAAUACUUCAGGGUACCAACGCCGAUACCGAUCGAUGUCGAUGACGACGAGUACGCGGGCUCCGGGGCGUCCAGCGACCUCGGCACGUCGUUCGAUAACGACUCCGGAAACGAGGCCCCUACCAAGAAGUCCUUCGAGCCAAUUCCCGGGAUCGAUCGAUACGCGAGCCCUUCCGGGUCCUCUAGAGACGAGUCCGACGACCGCGACAAUCUCUUCAAGAAACCUUUCGGAAAGUCUCGCUCCAGGUCGCCCGACCCCGCGAGGUCACAGAGAUCCAGUCAGUUUAUCGAUGUUGAAAGGGACCAAGAGGGUCCUCCUCGGGGACCGAGCCAGAGGAAGAGAGGCGGCAAGUCCUCCAGCACCAUCGUGAGGAAACCCACCAGGCUGAAGUCGAAGAACGCGGAGGUGAGCAAGUCGGCGGAGAAUCUGACCUCGAGGAAGUCCAAGCGACACCGCGAGCCGGAGAGGCGGAAGUCGGACAUCUCCGGGGCGACGUUCAGGGAUGAGUGGACUAAUACUUCGCCUCCGGGUAGUCCCGCGUCGUUGUCCAGGUCCGAGAGCCACAAGAGCGUGUCUGUUCAAGUGCAAACCAGUUUUGAGGAGAUACUGGCGCGCGACGAGGAGCUGGAUGAUUCGGAGAGGUUCGUCGUGGGACUGUCGGAGAGCAAGAGAGACCUUUCGUCGCGGGAUCGUUUCAACAGGAGGUCCGUUUUUAAGAACAGACGAUUCGGUGGUUCGGGAUCCAGGGACAGGGUCGCCGAGAACGGAUCGAGCGAUCGCUCCGCUGUGACGAACGCCACCGCCUCUGUUGAGGCGCUCAAGGAUACGACCAGGCUGCUGAAAAUAUCUAGCUUCGAGGAAGCGGAGGUGGACGAUUACGAGAGAAUACGAGACAUACUGGCCACUGAUAUCGACGCGAAGGAGGCUGAAAAGAGGAAGGGGUCCAGGUCUGUGUCCUCGUUCGACGACGAACAGGAUUACUGGGACGCCGAGGAUGUGAGUGCGGGAAACGCCGGACCCAUACAGUACACGAUACCGGAUCCCGAUCGAAACAAAGCUUUCUGGGUAAUCACGUCGGCCAAUGAAGAUCCUCCCGUCUCCUUCCGAGCCGUACUCGUUGUCACUCACAUUUUGUAGCUCACAGUCCUCGGAAACUGACCGGGGAUGGGAUCGAGUUCUGUUGAAUUUUUAGCAGCGUGCUCGGAUCGAUUAGACUCUUUAAUUCCUUGCUCUAUGAUUUACUCUGAGACUGUUCGCUGAACGAAUCGAUUAACUCCAAUUUUUUGAAAAGUCUGAAAUUUAAAACGUUGAUCGCCAUCGUCAUAUAUGGACGACAGUGAUUCUUACACAAUGCAAACAAUAUGCAUGAAUAUAAAAUUGAUAGAAUAUAAAAUAGAAAGUAAAGUUCGUAUUGUAAUAUUUGCAGAGUGAAAAUGCAGAAUUCCUAUUUAGGUUCAAUUUUUAUAGCCACGUUCGCGAAGAUUUUAUUUUAUAUAAAGAUAUGCAGUCUAGUUGUAUGUCGAAGAAAAGGAAUUUCGAUGAAGUUACGAAUAUAAAUACCACAGUAACUAUUUAAUUACAUACUUUCCAGUAGUUAGUACAUAAAGUUUAAUCACAGUAGAAAUUUUUAAGAGUAUUAGAUUAGACGGUAUUAUAUUAGUCUGGCAUAUUUUGAUAUAAUCACUUUUCUGAAUAAUAAAAAUUAGCAUCAUUUAAUGACAAAAUUUUGUUGGCCAUUGAAUUAUAAAUAAUUUAUUUCGGAGUCCAUUUUGGUGAAUUUUGAAAGAACAUUGAAUUGCCUUGAAGUUACAAAAAUAAAUCCCACAGUAAAUGUUUAAUUAAGUAAUUUCCAAUAGUCAGUAAAUAGAAUUUAAUCACAGUAGAGAUUUUUAAGAGUAUUAGUCUAGCAGCCAAUGUCUUAAGUGUCAAUGUACUUGGUUUACCGUUAAACGACAAAAGUUUGUUGGCCACUGAAUUAUAAAUAAUUUAUUUUGGAGGUCAUUUCGAUCGCAUUUCUCAACUUUUUGUUUUAUGGAGUUAAUCGAUUUGUGCAGUAAACGAGUAGUAGUCCUGGAUUCGAGUGAUCAAUAAUUCGAGUAGAAUUCGAAUAUUCGAGUAUUCUAAUAGUAAAGUUCCUUGUGCACGAUUGUACGACGUGCUUGACUCGUACUUGUUCACGUUCGACUCGAAUUCCUUCGAUCACGUGUCUCACGCGUUGUCAUAGAAAGGGCUAAAGGGUUAAGGAAUUUUCUUAUACUUUCUACGAAUUAUAAUUAAUAAAUUCAAACCCCAAUCUAGACUUCAUCUGGGUAGUCGAAUCUACUUGAAUUCGUGAGUAAUUAUUACACUCGAUCCCAUCUCUGGUUCGAAAACCAUAACACAUACAACUCACGAUAUGUUACUCCUACUCGUACUCAACCCACUGGAUCAGUUAAUAGCAUGCACACAGUGUUAAUAGUGUAAUUAUACUCCUACUCGAAGAUGCAAUGCAAGGAAUGGGAUUAAGUGUUACUUAAUAUCAUUGAGUACCACGAACCCCUUAGAAAAACCAGAAAAAAUAUAUCUACGCCCUCGGCGGGAUUCGAAUCCCGGUCAAUUUGGUAGAAGUCCAGAGCAUUACU